AUGCCUUUCAGUGCUUCCGAUAAGCAUGACAUUGGCCACAUCUGGGAAAAGGUUGCUCCAAAUGUGGACAGCCUUGGGGAAGAGGCCAUGGAGAGACUUUUCAAAUGUCACCCAAAAACGAAAACAUACUUCAGUCAUUUAAAUGUGCAGCACGGAUCUGCUGAUAUCAAGAGUCAAGGAAGCAAGGUUCUUAAAGCCAUUGGACAUGCAAGCCAACAUCUGGACAAUCUGGACGAAGCUCUGAGCGACCUGAGUGAUCUGCAUGCCCAUGAGCUGAGGGUGGAUCCAGGAAACUUUCAUCUACUCUGCCACAACAUCCUAGUGGUCCUGGCUAUCCAUUUCCCAAAGGAUUUUACAGCACAUGCUCAUGCUGCAUGGGACAAGUUCCUGGCUUGCAUCUCUGAGACUUUGUACUCCAAGUACAGAUAA